AUGAAGGGUUAUCAUUUGCACUCACUGUUCGGUCUUCUAUUUAGUGUGGUCGUAGCGCUCCAGGUCGAUCCUAGCAAUGCAGUGCCAAUUGUUGGCGGACGCAUCGUGUCAAGCGUGGGCAGCAUUAGCAAAUACCCUUUUAUGGUCUCCUUGCAAGAUGCCAUCUUCGGAACACCCAUGAAUACCACCCAGACUCUUCGUCAUUUCUGCGGAGGCAGUUUAAUUAAUGGGCGUUGGAUACUGACAGCGGCGCACUGUGUGUGGAGGAAAAAAAUUGAACAUAUAGUGGCAUUUAUUGGCUAUGAAAAUAUCGAGAAUGUGAAUAUGCUUGAGCCCUAUGGUCUGGAAAGCGUUGAGUACAUAUACUUCCAACCGUCGAAUAACCGCAACGACAUCGCUCUCCUCUACAUGAACCGGCCUUAUUUAACCGAUUUGAAGAGUAGUUUACAAUUUGCCCGGCUGCCGCCACAAGGCAUGGAGGCGGAUGAUAAUGAGCCAUGUCGUAUUAUUGGAUAUGGUGCCAUCCAGCACGGUGGUCCUUCUCAGGAAAAGCUCUUGGAAGCGGAAGUACGGAUCAUUGGAAACCAGGAGUGUCGCAAGAUUAUUGGCCAUGUUUGGGCUCCACAGAAUGGAGCAAACACCGUCUGCGCUGUGGGCUACAACAGCCAUCAAGACUCAUGCCAGGGGGACUCGGGUGGUCCACUCAUAUGUUCCUAUGGCGGACGCGACUACAUCUUCGGUCUGGUAUCUCAUGGUCUCACGUGCGGCAUCAAAGGUAUGCCCAGCAUCUAUACGGUGACUCGCCCAUACUACGAUUGGGUGCAGUUCCUGAUUAAGACCUGAUGUCAAGUGUAUAUAAUUUAUUCAUUAUACGAAUUAAAUAGAGAACAAUUACGAACAUGAUA